UUAAAUAUCUAAAUUAUUUUGAAGACAGAAUUAUUUUAGUUACAGAUAACAUUGCUUUUGAGACUUGUUUUGCCAGUCUAAUCUGCAGCACAAUGUUUUUAAAACUCAAAAUGGGACUUAUGUCCCAAUUCGUAGUGAAACGGAUGUGCUCAUCUUUGGUAGAGAAGAGUCUUGUGUCAUCACUUUAUCAGAGAGUUCUCUCCACUUUUCCUGAUGGUAUCCAGAUGGCGCUAGCUUAUGGCUCAGGUGUUUAUCAACAAGAAGGACAUGUAGAUAUGUCUAAGAACAUGUUAGAUUUCAUCUUCGUUGUGGAUAAUCCCUUGCCAUGGCAUAGGCAGAAUAUAAGAAUGAAUCCAAAGCAUUAUUCCUUUCUCAAAUUCUUUGGACCAAAACAUGUCACAAGAGUACAGGAUAAAUUUAGUGCUGGUAUUUAUUUCAAUACUCUUGUUCCAUUUGAAGAAAGAGUGAUCAAAUAUGGUGUAAUCAGCACUGAUCGUCUGGUAACUGAUCUCCUUGACUGGGAUACACUCUAUGUCAGUGGACGUCUCCACAAACCUGUCAAGCUUCUCUUCUACCCAAAAAAUGCAAGUCUUCUUUCAGCGAUGCAAAUUAAUCUUCAGAGUGCCGUUCAUGCAGCACUUCUCAUGCUCCCAGAAUUCUUCUCAGAGGAAGACCUUUAUGUUGCCAUAACUGGACUGUCCUAUAACGGAGAUUUUCGUAUGACCGUUGGAGAGGACAAGAAGAAAAUAACGAACAUAGUGAAACCAAACAUUGAGUAUUUUCGUAGGUUGUACGAGACUAUACUUGACAAUGAAGAACAUAUCUACUGGCAUAAAUCUAAAGGCAAUUUUGAACAAUACCCAAAUUACAUCUCCCAGUACCACCAUCUUAGCUUGCUCCCGAAGAAUGUUCAGACUCACCUUGUAGAAAUGAGGUCACAUGGAGGUAGCUCACCAGACCUAGAGGAGGUGUUGAGGGUCUUUGCCCAUGACAGAAACUGUGAUGAGCAUGUAGCUAAGAUCAUUGCCAAUAUUGUGUGGUGGUCAAGUGUGUUUCAGAGUGUCAAGAGUGUGUUUACAGCUGGAGUCAUGAAAUCGUUCCGUUAUAGUGGCAAGAAAUUGAGGAAAAUGUUCAAGAGUCAGUCAAAAUAACACUGUUUGAAGAUGACUGUAUACAUGUACAUGUAGUUACCAAUGUUAAUGAACAAAUGCUAUCAUUAUUUACUGAAUGUUUCUCUGCAAACAUAAAAAUGAGGUACUCUAGGUAAUGUAGUAUUUGGUGCAUGCCGAUACUUCUGUGCCGUGAUACAGAGAACUCUUCAUUAAGUGAAAUAAAAUAUGUACCACACUUAAAAAAAUAUGUAUGCAUUGGAUCAUCUAAUUACGCUUGACUUAUUGGAACCCCAAACAACUGUUGGCAUGGUUUGUUAUGUCAUUUAUUCAAAUUCAGCUUUUGAUUAUUUAAUAUGGCACAUCUGUUAAUGCUGUAAAGACACAUUUGAAAUGACAAAACUAUUUCAACAUAUUCAGAGUGGUUGUGGAGAUAAUAAACUGGGCUUGUCUACAUUGUUCCAUGAUGUUUAACUAUCCUUUCUUCUCCAUGCAAAAAGCUGAAAAUAUUAUUGUAUUAUCAUCAUGAUCAGUGUGGCACACUUGGAUGCGUCAUGUCCAUUUACCAUUUUGAGGAUGCUAGAAAAUCCUUAGUGUAUGGUAGUCUUAAUUUUGCUCAAAAACUGUUCCUGAUGAAUGAUUCCUACAGUUCAGCAUGAGUGUGAGAAAGAUUAAGAGACAUGGACUACCUCCAUCUUGAUGCAUUUGUAUUGUUAAAGUUAGCUGUGGAUUUGAUAUGAAUAAAGUAUAAAAACAAUUA